AUGGCAGAACCGAAUGCGCUGCCGCCGGACGUGAAUCCAGAAAACAAUCCCAUUCCCGGUGCACCACUAAUCAAUCCCGCUCGACCGAGAAACAAUGUUCAGAAUCCCCUGAUUAAUGUACGCGAUCGGCUGUUUCACGCACUAUUCUUCAAGACGGCCAUUGCUUAUGCGCAGACCAUACCACGACCGGUUCGACGUGCGAUUGAGCUAAUGAUGCUGUUGAAAGCGUUGACGGCGUUUUUCAUCCUUGCCUACAUUCAUGUUCGCUUUUCGCAAACACCAACGACGUGCCUGGAGCACGUAAAAAAUGAUUGGCCACGCGAUGGCAUUUUGCGUGUGGAAAUUGCAAGCCUUAGCCAAAGUGAGUACGACACAACCAAGCCACCGUCCUCGGAGAUUCUCGACGAGGGAGAUGUGAAUGUGCUGCGGAAUACGCUGAAAAACGGAAUGAUCAGUAUUGAUCCUUCCACGACGCUUCCCCACGAGGAAGAACACAAUCAAAACGGUGCGGACGUGUUGGUGCAGCACAGUUAUGCCAACAGCAGUCCGCUACCGAACGAAAAGGCACCGUACGGGCAUGAACCGAUGACGUCGGAUCUUUAUUCGACCACGCGCCAGGAUAAUGCUGUUGUCACCGAGAAUCUUACCGGAGUGACUAUAAACAGUACACCAUUUCCGGGUGGUGGAUCAAUCGAAGAGAAUGAGCCUGAUUCUGUUCCGAAGGAAGCCAAUCAUGUUUCAAUGUCCAUGGAAGCGAAUGCGGCCCAGCAGCAAGACAAUGUGGUAGUGUAUACCAAUGAAACCAUCAAUAAAUUGCUGGAUGCUCACCCGGCUGUUCUCGGUGGGGAGGAAUUGAAGUCCGAUGUACCGGUCAUGGAAAAACUUCGCAAUGCUGUGCUAUCAGCCGACCAAUACAUCGUGGAAUACUCACUCGAGUACGGAUUUCUUCGGCUUUCGGCUGCUACAAGGCAGCGGUUGAACAUUCCGGUGGCGGUCGUACGACUCGAUCCUCAGGUGAACAAGUGUUUCGGUGAUUCUUUCAGCCGGUUGAUUUUGAAACAUUUCCUCGGCUACGAUGAUAUCCUGAUGGCAUCGGUUAAGGUGCUGGCUGAACAGGAAGACAACAAGGGUUAUCUGCGAAAUGUUAUCACCGGUGAACACUUUCGGUUUGUGUCGGUCUGGUGGAUGGGUCGUGGAUCGUACACUGCUGCCUUCUUUAUAAUGGUUCUAUUCACAAUUUCAAUAUCUAUGCUGUUACGCUAUUCCCAUCAUCAGAUAUUUGUGUUUAUAGUGGAUUUGCUUCAAAUGCUGGAAUUUAACAUACCUGUACGGUUUCCUGCUGCUCCGUUGCUGACUGUUAUAUUGGCUUUAGUCGGCAUGGAAGCCAUCAUGUCGGAGUUCUUCAACGACACCACAACCGCGUUCUACAUCAUCUUGGUGGUUUGGUUCGCCGAUCAAUACGAUGCAGUUUGCUGUCAUACAAAUGUCACUAAACGUCACUGGUUGAGAUUCUUCUAUUUAUAUCACUUCUCCUUCUAUGCUUACCACUAUCGCUUUAAUGGACAGUAUAGUAGCUUGGCGUUGUGUACUUCUUGGUUGUUUAUACAGCAUUCGAUGAUCUACUUCUUCCACCACUACGAACUUCCUGUCAUCAUUCAGCAAGCCCAACUCCAGCAGAUCCUCAUCCAAACGCGGAAUGAUCAGGCACAAGCUCAGCAAGGCAACUUCCAGCAAAGGCCCCAACAACAGCAGCAGCGUCCAAACGCGCCGAACCAACAGCAACCCAACCGACGUCCGAAUCAACGCCCGCAAGGAUUAGCGGCGGCCGUUGCCCCAAACUAUAGUCUCCAGUGGACGAAUUUUCUCCGUUUGUUGCGGCUUCAAAACGACAACAAUAACAACAUCGCUGACAUCCUGAAUCGCCUUCCGCGCUACAGUUUGCACACGUUGAACGUGAACAAUAUCAAUGGUUUAAAUGCAUCUCUGCGGGACAUCGCUCGCAAUUCGAUUCAGUAUCUGCGAUCGAACCUGAACGUGGGUAUGGCAAUGCUGGGAGGUAAUGCUGCCAUUAACCUCUACAACAAUAACAACAACAUGUUUGGCAUGCAGCACCGAUUUGUGCGGGCCGCCGUAGGUUUGGUACACAAUCGCAACCCAACACUUCAAGACGCUCCAUUGAAUGAUGACGGUACCGACCUAGACCGGGAACCACCGGUUGAUCGACGCAGCAAUUAUCAGCGUAACUAUGAGGAAAACAAUUUCAUUUUCCCAGAGGCGGUACUAACCCCUCAACAACAGCAGCAGCAGCAGCAUCAACAACAACAUCAGUCGACAGAAGCACCCCACAGUCAACGGGAUGUGUCGUCUGUUGUUGGGGGUGGCUUUGUCCCAGACGCUGCGACGUCGUACCGAUCAACUACGCUCGACGAUCGACAGCAAAAGACUCCGAUCGGUAGCAUGUCGCUGACGCAGGACGUCGGCGAUGCGCAUUGUGUGGUCAACAAGCAGCAGCAGCUGCUGCAACAGCAGGGCGCUGCUGGGGCCAUUGAAGUGCCAGUCGUUACCAUCGUCGAUCGAGCGAUGACCAGCGACGCCACUAGUCAACCACUUUCUAGUAAUAGUCACGACUCCAGUACCAGCUGCAGUAGUAGAGGGGUGACGGAAAUGAAUGUGCUGGUCGAUACGGAACAGAACACACUUCGAAGGCGGCAACAGCAAACCGAAACCGCGAAACCGAAUGAUUCAUCCCUAUAA